AUCACUUUAGCGACAACACCCUGGCUUGAAUCAUGUGCACAAUUGCGGGACGUUAAAUAGACUGACGGGAGACAAACUAAUUGAUAUAUAUUUACGCGCCAAAACUUAGCGAAUGUGGCAGGAGUGGCGGCUCUCGUGUGUGAAUAUUUACAUUAUGAAGAUUUAUUAAUCGAUUAUGAUUUUGAUUGCCGAAUACCAGUAUGAGGCUGUAUAGAUUUGCCGCGUUCAUGACACUAAUGUCACCGUACGUGCUCGCUGUUGGGAAUGAGAUUUCCGAAAACUUCACAACACUAGCGCCUUUCCCGUUAGCGCCAUGUUCGCCCCUGUUCCCUGGUGAUGUGGAUUUCCACACGGUCGACCUGAUCGCUGUGUUCCGGCUGGACCGGUCGGACACCACAGGGGUCACGCUCGUGCAGGGUUCGCAGGACCUGCAGAGGGCCUACAGGAUCGGCGAUGGGGCUAAUCUGACGUUGCCACUUAAACAGGUGUUCCCCUCUGGUUUGCCUCACAACUUCAGCGUCGUAGCCACCUUCAACGACCAUCAUUGGCGAAGACCGUGGAGCCUCAUCAAGGCCAGGUCGGACUCUGGUCUCGUGUUCUCAGUGACGCUGCUGCCUGUCGUGAAGAAGGUGGCCAUCUAUGUCGAGAACAGGAGACUCAUCUUCAACAGCCGAUUGUUAUACACGCCCGGCUGGCAUAAAGUGCACGUGGUACUGUCCAACAGUACUGUCCGUCUUGCUGUAGACUGUAUUGAGCUACAACAAAUGAAUGUAUCAGAUCACGAUUACAACAAAGCUUCGACGUUCUCCAUCGCUUCCAAUGACGAUGGGACGCCUACUCCAAUAGAUCUCCAAUGGCUCUCGCUGAGCUGUAAUCAAUACAAUCUUACAGAAGAAAGUUGCGAAGAAAUUGACGAGCCUGAAAAUUUGAUAGCAUCUCCCGCCCCUCAGCUCUUUAAUACCGGUUCCUUAUCGUUGGAAAGCCAGUCGUUACCAGUUACUUGUAAUACCACAUGUCCACCAGGGCCAAUGGGGCCUACGGGGUCAAAGGGAGAAAUGGGAUACAGAGGAUUACCUGGUAUAAGAGGAAUUCAGGGUAUUCAGGGACUGACAGGCGCUCCAGGUUUGCGGGGUGAAAAGGGAAACACUGGAGCACCCGGGCCACCAGGGAGUCCUGGGACUGCAGUGUACAAUGGAACAUUCGGCGUUGGUUCCCCUGGAUUACCAGGACCAUCUGGCCCCAGGGGUGAAACAGGAACCAAGGGACAAAAAGGUGAAUCCGGUGAGCCAGGCAUAGUUGGAUUUGCAGGACUGCCUGGUAAAGAUGGACGUGAUGGUGAACCGGGUCCACCAGGAUCACCGGGUCCAAUGGGACCGCCAGGUCCGGCCGGGGCACCAGGCGUCGCUGUGUUAAACACCACUCACGGACUAAAGGGAGACAGAGGUCCUCCAGGUAGGCCUGGGAGAGACGGUGUGGAUGGGUUAGUAGGACCGCGCGGGAUAGAUGGAGUUAUGGGUCCUCCAGGUUCACCCGGUAAAGAGGGGCUAAUGGGGACGACGGGACCUAUAGGGCCUCCGGGAUUACCGGGACGACCGGGCUUUGACGGAAAAAGCGGUCCGGAAGGACCACCGGGUCCAAUCGGUCUCCCUGGUGUCAUGGGACCGCCAGGACCUCCUGGAAAGCCAGCGUAUGCAACCUCAGUUGCAGUAACACCGGGGCCUCCUGGGCCUGAGGGGCCAAUAGGGCAGAAAGGUGAGCAAGGUUAUCCAGGAGUGCCCGGGAGAGACGGCAAAGAUGGCUUCCCCGGAACUCCGGGGAGACCCGGGCCCCCGGGGCUCCCGGCGCCGUAUAACAGUAUUAUCCAGCCGCAGCCGCCGUCAUUAUCGGAAAACGAAGUUAGAAAUAUUUGUGAGGAUCUCAUAAGAUUGCGUCUCCAAGAAGCAUUGGCAACGUUACCCACAACACAGAAUGCGAGACGAGGACCACCAGGAAAACCGGGGCCACCUGGUCCACCAGGAGCGUCUGGUGUACCAGGAGACAUCGGUCCACGUGGGUACCCGGGGGAGACAGGUGAACCAGGCGCGCCUGGUAGUUCUGGUAAAAAUGGGGAGAAGGGGGAUAAAGGGGAGAGGGGUUUUGGGGGAGUCGGGCUACCAGGGACAGAAGGCCCGAGAGGAAUUCCAGGUCCCGUAGGUCCUCCUGGUCCAGAAGGAAGACGAGGAGAUCGUGGAGACCCGGGUCGAGAAGGGAGUGUAGGUCCUCGCGGAGUGCCAGGCCCGAGGGGCUCCUGUGACUGUCCCACGCCCGCCUUCUACGCGUACGCAGCGGGUAAUGUAAAAGGACCUUAAACUAAGUGUACUUACAAAAGUGAUAAUAAUACUCAAGUAUUUUUAUGAAAA